UGGUUUUGUAGAGAAUUUCAAGCACUAUCUUUUGAUAAUAAAGAGAGCUUUAAUUACAGGGAUAAUAGAGAAGAAAUCUUAAAAAUACUGAGAGGCCCAUUCUUUCUGGGACACCCGAUAUGUUCAAAGAACAGCUGCAAAUGCUAAGAAUAGAGGUCGUCUCAUUCUGAAUGAAAAACCCAUUAUUGAACUUCUUCGUGCAUAUGCCUCGAAGCACUCAUUGACUUAUGUACAAUAUGAUCAUUCGAAACAUGAUGCUCACGUUAGAAAACAAGUCGAAUUAUUUUAUAAUGCUCGUAUCAUCUUCGGUGUGCAUGAUGGAGCUUCAGCGAAUAUGAAUUUCGCUCCAUCAGGCAUGAUUAUUAUUGAAUUAAUGCCUUAUCGAUCUGAUAAAAGUUCAUUACCGAUUGUUUGUUUAGUGUUUGAUUCAAAUGAAUUUAGACCAUGCGGUGGAUAUAGUUACUAUGUGCAAUCUCAACUACUCAAUCAAUCCUAUUGGAUUUUGCCAAUUGUGGUUGAUAAGUACGGCAAUCUGAAUGUCAAUUUGACUCGACUUCAACAACUCUUUGAUUUAUUAGUUUGA